AAGUUUGCCCAUUUGAGUUAGUGACAAAAUGUAGUUUCUUCCAAAAUGUAUUUACACCUUUUUGUUUUUGUAAUUCAAUCGGAUUUCAAUUUUCAAAACUCGGGGACAUCCAAUAAUUUGAUUUACCGGGAAAUAUCACAGCUCAGUGAUUUCUAGCUCGGCGAUGGAGCGCAACCCGCCGGACGAAGACGAGGACCACCGGAGUUUGAUCCCACAUAACGACAUCAGAGACAACGAUCUCAACCGCCGCCGGGAAGACAAUAUUCAGUCCGUCACCACCGCCAGGGCCAUAAAUAUGGCAAACGGCGAUGACAGAAGUCCGAGAUCGGCGUUCCAGAUCGACGAAACAGUGACGCGAACCCGGAGCCGUUGGAAUAUCUCACUCGACAAGCGUUACGUCGUCGCUGCCGUCUCUCUAACUCUGCUCGUCGUUUUUUUCUUCUUAUUAUAUACUAAUCCUCGAAGAUUUUCGUCGAGCUUUAAGCUUGAUCCACUGUCGACUCGGGUCAGGGAAUCUGAGCUCCGCGCUCUAUAUCUUCUGAGGCAGCAACAGCUCGCGCUUGUCUCUCUCUUGAACCGUACCUUGGUAGAUCAAACAGCGAAUCUCAAUUCUUCGAAUUCAAUUGGUUCUUCUCUGCUAGUAGACAAUGUGAAAGCUGCUCUGGCGAAGCAGAUUUCACUGAGUAAGCAAAUCGAAGAUGUGCUUCUAUCACCACACAGGACCGGGAAUCACUCGGUCACUGAUCCUGGUUCAGAUAGUAUCACUGGUUCGUACAACUAUGAGAGAUGUAGAAAGGUAGAUCAGAAGUUGUUGGAGCGGAAAACGAUUGAAUGGAAGCCUAGACCAGGCAAAUUCCUUUUUGCUAUCUGUCUUUCAGGCCAAAUGAGCAACCACUUGAUUUGCUUAGAGAAACAUAUGUUCUUCGCUGCGUUGCUGGAUCGAGCUCUUGUGAUCCCAAGCUCUAAGUUUGAUUACCAGUAUGAUAGAGUGAUAGAUAUAGAGAGGAUUAACACUUGCUUGGGAAGAACUGUUGUUAUUUCUUUUGAUCAGUUCAAGGAGAUUGAUAAGAAGAAAAAUGCUCACAUUGACAGGUUCAUCUGUUACUUCUCAUCUCCACAGCCUUGUUAUGUUGACGAGGAUCAUGUCAAGAAGCUGAAAGGAUUGGGGAUUUCCAUUGGUGGGAAGCUUGAGGCUCCUUGGAGUGAAGAUAUAAAGAAGCCAACUAAAAGAAGUUUUCAGGAGGUACAGGAAAAGUUUAAGUCUGAUGAUGGUGUGAUCGCCAUAGGGGAUGUCUUCUAUGCUGAUAUGGAGCAAGAUUUGGUGAUGCAGCCUGGUGGACCCAUCAAGCACAAAUGCAAGACACUGAUUGAACCCAGUAGGCUCAUUUUGUUGACAGCACAGCGAUUUAUCCAGACAUUCUUGGGAAAGAAUUUUACUGCGCUUCAUCUCCGUAGACAUGGGUUCCUCAAGUUCUGCAAUGCAAAAUCGCCAAGUUGCUUUUAUCCAAUACCACAAGCUGCAGAUUGCAUCAGUCGAAUAGUGGAAAGGGCCAAUGCUCCAGUAAUAUAUCUUUCAACAGAUGCUGCAGAAAGCGAAACCGGCCUGCUUCAGUCGCUAGUAGUCGUUGAUGGAAAAGUCGUUCCACUUGUCAAACGUCCACCUCGCGACUCAGCAGAAAAGUGGGACGCAUUGUUGUAUAGACAUGGUAUAGAGGACGACUCUCAGGUGGAUGCUAUGUUGGAUAAGACAAUAUCUGCAAUGUCAAGUGUCUUCAUUGGAGCAUCGGGUUCUACUUUUACAGAGGAUAUCUUGCGGCUAAGGAAAGACUGGGGAACUUCAUCUAUGUGCGAUGAGUAUCUCUGUCGAGGCGAAGAACCAAACUUCAUAGCAGAAGAUGAAUAAAAAAUUGUAUAGUUUCCCUCCCUCAUACAAGAAACAUAAUCUUCUUUCUUUCUCUUCUGAGAAAAGAGAUCGAAGCGAAAGCCAGUUGAAAGAGGGAGAGUAACAAUAAUGGAGCGCGAUGAUGAAGACAAGAAGCUGAUAUCAGAAGUGUAUGACCGAUAGGCGAGAGAUGGAGAGUUAUCAUCAGAGAAAGAUUUUCAAGAUGGAGGAACCAAGUAGUAAAGAGUUAUCAGAAGUUCAGUGCAAAAUCAACUGAGCCACAGAUCAGGUGAAAUUUCUGCAGUCACCAGACAAAAAAGCACUACAUUGCAGCCUACACAGACCAUAUGUGAAUGCUCUAAAUUUUCUUGCAUCCCCGAGGAACCCAAGAUUGUUCUAUUACUCUUGAUGUAAAAUUUUUAGUUAGGGAAAAAU